GAGCCCUACACAAAAUGGCUGCCUUGGAGAGGCUAAAUGUGUCAUGACAGGGAAGCUCUAGUGGUCACAUGAUGUGUACUACACUACCCAGCAUGCUUUGUUUCUUCAUCUCAUUCUCUGAUAUCACACGGAGGAGGAGUAUAUAGAGGAACACAGGGAUCUGUACAAGGACAUGAUGAUGGAGAAUCACCGGCCCCUCACAUCACUGGAUGGGCCCAGUAACAGAGAUACCCCAGAGAGAUGUCCCCGUCCUCUGUAUUCCCAGGAUUGUACAGAGGAGAAUCCCAGGACCCCACAGGAGGAUCAGGUAGAAGGUUUGUCUGACGUAAAGACAGAAGAUAUAGAAGGAGAAGAAGAGACGUAUGUGAGGGGUGAUCAGAAGUGUAAGGAGGAGGAGAUCCCUACAGAUAUCAGCACAGAUGGACGCAAUACAAGGAAUACCUCGGAGGGACAUCUCGUUUGGUCUCCAGAUUUUGAAUUGGAAGAUAAGAACAUCACACAAGGGUCUCCAGAAGAAAACCCAAUUUCCCUAAAUAUACAUCCAGCACCUCACAGUGCAGAUAUAUCAUCUGAUCCCUCUGUUCCUGAGGAAUGUUCUCCUGGUAACUCACAUAUUGCUGCACCUAGGAUAGAUCAUAGCAGUGAUACAGUCAUUUCCCCUUCUGGAUGUGGGAAAACAUUUAAACAUAAACUAGCUCUUGAUAGACAAGAGAUAAGUCAAACAGGCAAGAAGCCAUUUGCAUGUUCUGAGUGUGGGAAAUGUUAUGGACACAAAUCAAAUCUUUGUAGACAUCAGAAACAACACACAGAUGAGAGACCAUUUCUAUGUUCUGAGUGUGGGAAAUGUUUUACACGUAAAUCACAUCUUACUAAACAUCUUAGACUUCACAAAGAAGAGAAGAUAUUUCCAUGUUCUGAGUGUGGGAAAUGUUUUAAAGAUAAAUUUUCUUUUUUUACACACACAAAACUUCACACAGGCGAAAAACCAUUUCCUUGCUCUGAGUGUGGGAAAUGUUUUACACAGAAAUCAGAUCUGAUUAUACAUUGGCGAAAUCACACAGGUGAUAAAUCUUUUUCAUGUCCUGAGUGUGGUAAAUGUUUUACACAAAAAUCAGAUCUUGUUGUACAUCAGAGAAGUCACAUAUGUGAAAAACCAUUACCAUGUUCUGAGUGUGGGAAAUGUUUUACACAAAAAUACCAUCUUGUUGCACAUCAGAGAAGCCACACAGGUGAAAAACCAUUUUCAUGUUCUGAGUGUGGGAAAUGUUUUGCACUGAAAUCAGCUCUUGUUAAUCAUGAGAGAAUUCACACAGGUGAGAGGCCAUUUCCAUGUUCUGAGUGUGGGAAAUGUUUUACAAUGAAAUCAAAUCUUGUUAAACAUGAGAGAAGUCACACAGGUGAGAAGCCAUUUCAAUGUUCUGAGUGUGGAAUAUGUUUUACAUGUAAAUCAGAUCUUCUUACACAUCAGAUAAAUCACACAGGUGAGAAACCAUUUCCAUGUUCUGAGUGUGGGAAAUGUUUUGCACAGAAAUCAACUCUUGUUAUACAUCAGAGAAGUCACACAGGUGAGAAACCAUUUUCAUGUUCUGAGUGUGAUAAAUGUUUUAUAGUGAAAUCACAUCUCAUUACACAUCAGAGAAUUCACACAGGUGAGAAGCCAUUCCCAUGUUCUGAGUGUGGGAAAUGUUUUACAGUGAAAUCAAAUCUCAUUACACAUCAGAGAAGUCACACAGGUGAGAAGUCAUUUCCAUGUUCUGAGUGUGGGAAAUAUUAUAAACACAAAUCACAUCUUCUUAGACAUCAGAGACAUCACACAGGAGAAAAGCCAUUUAUAUGUUCUGAGUGUGGGAAACAUUUUACGUGUAACUCAUAUCUUGUUUCACACCAGAAAAGUCACACCGGUGAAAGAUCAUUUCCAUGUUCUGAGUGUGGGAAAUGUUUUACACAGAAAUCCUCUCUUGUUAGACAUCAGAGAGGUCACACUGGUGAGAACUAGCCACAGUCUUGGUGAGAACAAGACACAGUUUAAUUUCCUUGAACUGGUAGACAUGAAAUAAGGUUGCGUUAAUGUUUUACAUAUAAGAAAUCUGUAAUACAAUUAUUUGUGUAUACACUGACUUUCAAUAGGAUCCAAACCCUUUGUACAUAUUUGUUUAAGAUGAGGCAGCCAUCUUUAGCAAUUCCAGUCACAUUAGUACGUGGCACGGGAAGCUACACUUUUGGAGAACCGAGGGAAUGCCAUUCUUUUUGCCAGGACAAGACCUAUGGGAUAUGUCAGGCCUAAGGAUAUGGUAGAUAUCAACUGGUUUUAUCCUACUACCUAAUACUGUACCUGGCUAUACCAACUGACUAUACCACAUAGCGGGCUAUUACAAGAGAAUGCACUCUAUGAACUCUAAUGCACUAUGUUUUAAUUCAUUAUAUGUGUGUCUUCUUGCUGUAAUAAAAAGCUGCAAUGUAAUUACACCAAA